AUGAUACGGCCAUGGAGGCUUGAAGAUCCGGGGAUUUAUCAUCUAAUAGGAGUCGGAGGUCUUGUUGGUCUCGUUAACGCUUUCUUCCGUUUUUUGGUCACUCCUGUUGCGCUACAACGUGUUCCGCGGUCGACCAUCGCAAUGGCGCAAAACUUCGAACAUCCAUUCCAAGGCCUUCAAUUCGUCCAGAGGGUAUCCGGAGGUCCUAGGGAUGUACUCGUAGCAUCUUCCGGCGCGAAGCUUUAUACCUUCUCCGUGGACUCUGGGCAGCGCCUCUCCGUCUGGCCGCAAGACGGUGCGGACACUUCUACCGCCAACGAGGCUGGAUCUAACCCGGAGAAUGAAGGUCCUCCUGAAAAGAAGCGAAAGGUUGACCCCGAGGAGAAGAAGGUCACUGCAGCACCUGAGAAGAAGAAAACCGCUGCAUGGUCGCAUAUCCCUAUCCUAACUUCCACGCCUGACGGCGAGUAUGUGGUUGCGUUGACCGCCGAAGACAAAUGCAUUCGUGUAUUCCAGAUCGAGGCAGAGGGCACCUUCCUGGAACUCAGCUCGAGACCAAUGCCCAAGCGGCCAUGCUCCAUCACAUUCAUGGACAACAACGAGAUCCUGCUUGGAGACAAGUUCGGAGACGUUUACUCCAUGCCAUUAAUACCUAGCGCUGAGCCGCGCAUCUCGAAAGCAGCAAGGGAGCACCAGAAACGAAUUGCAGCAACAAAUCUCACCGUGCACACCCAGCGGAACCUCAAAUCACUAGAGAUGCAAAAGCAGCAAGCCGCCAAGAAGGCCGCCGCAAAGGCCGACAAGGCCCCAGAAGACGGGCCCUCUUUCGAACACCAGCUGCUCCUUGGCCACGUUUCUCUGCUUACGGAUGUAGCGUUCGUUUCUCUCCCCUCGCCUGACCCCUCAUCAAACCGGAAGCGAGGUUACAUCCUCAGCGCCGAUAGGGACGAGCAUAUCCGUGUCUCUCGCGGGCCACCGCAGGCGCACGUCAUUGAGAACUACUGCCUCGGGCAUAGCUCGUUCAUCAGCAGCCUCUGCAUUCCACAAUGGGCACCCGAGAUUCUGAUAUCGGGCGGCGGCGACCCAUACCUUCUCGUAUGGAACUGGACAGCCGCUCAUGUCCUGCACAAGGUGCCUCUCGUGGAAGAGACAGGUGAAGGCAAAGACGUCGCGGUUCGCAGUAUUUGGGCUUCGUCAUUCAAUUUGGAUUCCUCAGACCCCACCGGACUCAUCCUUGUCGCUCUCGAGGGGUACGUACCUACCCUCGAUUCCGAAGAAUACUCAUCUAACAAUUCCAGCUCUCCCACCCUUCUAUCGUUCACCCUCUCCUCAGACAGCAAACUCAUCAAGCAAAAACCCCUAACAAUAACCGGCAACGUCCUCGACGUUCAGCCCCACCCAUUGGACAACACCCUCCUCGUCUCCGUCGACAGCAUCCGCGAACCCGGCUCAACGCAGGACUGGCGAUCUGCACCUGCGUCCUCUCAGACUCUUCUCGAGGCAUUCACGCUCAAGCAAGGAGGCCAGAUGCUGGAAUGGGAGUCCGCCCCGAGUGCGUUUACUGAUAGUAUAAAUGCCGCGGGGACAUCGAUUGUUUCCGCCGGUGCGGACAAGAAGGCGCAGACGGUGUUGAAUACCUCGCUUUAUGGGUUGGAGAAUCUGAGGAAGAAGACGUAUGGGGAUGAUGAUGUGGGGAGUAUAUUGUAG